AUGAUUGAAAUCUGGCAAGGGUAUUCGAAGCCAAUGCAUUUAGCUUUUCUGGACUUUGAAGCCACUUUCGAAUAUCCUUAUCGGCGCCUUCUUCUCAGCGAGCUCCGCGCCGAUGGAGUCCCAGAAAAGUUCGUUCACUUGAUUGAUGGCACGAAUCAGCGAGCAACUGCUGCAGUUCGAACUAGCCAGAUAUACAAAACCAUUCGAGGUGGUAACUGGAGUAAGACAAAGGGUAGUAUCAGAACCCUUCCUGUUCAAUUUCGCUAUCCACGACAUCCUGCGAAGAACAGUCGAUCAGUGUCUUGUCGACAUCGUCUUAGCAUCAUCAAGGGUACCCCUUGA